AUGGACACCAUCUCCAUCCACAGACUGUCCGAGCUGCAGACCCAUCUCGACGACCUCACCAACGAUGCCUCGACACCAUUCGACGCCAAGCUAUUCGAUGACGUCGAGCUUCAGCUAACGGAGGACAACAUCCCGCCGCUCCUCACCGCGCUCCUCCCACCACUCACCACCGUCCUCAAGUCCACGACGCAGGACCCAACGCCCUGCCUCUCCCUGACGGUCAAGCUUCUCGGCCCGCUUACAUUCGCGCGGUGCCUGACUAUUGCCGACCCGCCGUCCCUCACGACGGCCUUGCGGUCUCCGCUCCCCGGGGCCAACCUGCUGGCCCUGGCCGUGCUGCACAAGGCUGCCGCGUCGCCCGCCGACGCUGCCAUCCUGAGUACCAUGCCCGACGUCUUCGAGGACGUGCUCCGCUGCUGGCUGGACGCCCAGGACGUAGGCGUGGCCGAGCGUGCGGCCAGGGUGCUGGGAGACGUUCUCGAGGCGGACUGUGUGGUCGCCCCGUCUCAGCUUAACGGCGCGACUGCCAUCCAGCCCGGCCACGGCCGUCUCUGGUCCCUGCUCCUCGAGAGCCGUCCGACGUCCACCCUCAUCCCGCGGCACGCCACCCCCUCGGAACAACAUCCCUCGGACCCCCCGCGUACCGACCGCCAAAUCUCCCUGUCUCAGGGCCGUAUCCUCCGCCUCCUGCCGCGCCUCGCUUCCCUCAACCUGGCCGCCAUAUCCGGCUCCGACACCGCCCUGCUCCCCUGGGCCGCCCUCGCCAUGGUCGACCGCUCCGAUGCACUCAUGCACCUCAGUCUCGUCGACUUCUUCGAGACCCUCGUCAGUGUCAUGCGCGUUGCUCCCACACGCUCUUCCUCGUCCGACGCCACUCUCUCCGCCCUCGUCAAGGCCGCCGUCGCCGACGACGACAAGCUCGUCGAAGCCCUGCGCACUCUUCCCGAUCGUACCGUAGAGGACGAGGCCGAGCCGCUGAGGGAAUACAUCGGCUCGCUGCUCGCCUAG